AUGGCCCACAAAGGAGAGCUUCCCUCUUACCAGAGACUUAUUACCGGACACAACGAAGAUGGCAAGGCUGUCUUCGCAAACAUCGAUGAGACCGGUCCCUGGGAUGGUAGCAUCAACGGCGGCACUGUCGGAUUCUCUCUCGGCUACACAACCUCGACAACACCAGUAGACAUGACUGGCGACAAGGAUAUCGCACAGUACAAGGAGUACUUGGUAUCACCGCCCGGUCUCGUUGACAAGCAAGGCUCAGUCCUCCGUUUCGUGGUAUGUGUAUCUGGAUCAACCUCUCGAUUGGAAGAUACUAACUGGCUCAGGNAUUGUCCCCCAGGAUCCACAUCCCCUAUGCACCGCACCGUCUCACUCGACUAUGGUGUUGUGAUUUACGGAGAGAUGGAGCUGGUUCUCGACAGCGGCGAGACCAGAGUUAUGAAGGUUGGAGAUGUUGCAGUGCAAAGAGGAACCAACCACGCGUGGAGAAACACCAGCGAGACCAAGUGGGCUCGUAUGAUGUACGUCCUCCAGCCAUCGCUUCCUAUCACCAUCAAUGGAAAGCCAUUGGACGAGGAUCUUGGCCCUAUGGACGGUGUUCGCAGCUCGUCUUAG